AUGCAGUUUACCGUGGAGCAGAUCCGUAGCGUACGGAACCGCUAUUUGGACCCUCCUUACCCGGGGUUUACACUCGAUGAAGUCUGUCGCCGCCGCCGCGCGACGCAAACGAAACUUGUUCGUGGUGAGAAUGCCUGGCGAGUGAAAGGAACAGCCCAGACCACCGAGGAGUGGGUUUCCAGGCUUGUGCAGGGUUCGCUCAACAAGCUGAGCGAGCGAAACUUCGACGAUAUCAUGUCCGAGCUGCGCACCAGAAAGCUCUUCGAAACAAAUGGCAUCUUAACUAAUGUGGUGAACCUAAUUUUUUAUAAGGCAAUUGAUGAACCAAUGAACAGCAAGCUGUAUGCGGGCGUGUGCUUUAAUCUGGCGAAGUACGAAGUGACGUUAAACGACAGUGAUAAUUCCCGACCGAAGUCUGAGCUUCGAAAUGCGAUCGUGGCGACCGCGCAGAGGGAGUUUAAGGAACUGCAUCGGAGCGAGGACGAGGAUGGCAAAAACCUCUCCGAAGAGGCACUGGACCAGCUGCGAUCCAAUUUCAUGCGUCGCCAACGUGCUAACAUUCGAUUUGUCGGUGAGCUCUGCCUUAAUGGUGUGCUUUCUCAUACAACGAUCUUUAACAUCUUCGAGGUGAUUAUGAAAGCCGCAACCAAAGGCGGCUUUCCAGAAAGCGAGAAUAUUGAAAUCAUUUCAGAGCUUCUCUGCACCAUCGGGGAGUAUAUGGAUAAACAGCAAAAGAAGCAGAUGGAUCACUACUUUGAGCUGCUUGCAGGGUUGAUCAAGAAGCCGGAUAACCCUUAUCCACAUCGAAUUCGCUUCAAAAUCAUGGAUGUGAUCGAUCUGCGUAAGUCGGCAUGGGGCACCAAACCAAAGCCACAACAAACCGUGAAGUUUUCAACUGGUAGUAGCGGCGCCAAGGGCCCCGCGUCGCCGCCGGUGGCCUCCAAGAAGUCCGCUGAGGGCCGGCUCAGCGAGGUCGGCGGGAAGAGUUGGAGGGAUGUGGCCGUUUCGAAAUCCAAUGCGGCUCCUUCUCGAAGCGCGCCCAUCAAAGUGACCACGUCGACUUCGAAAAAGAAGUCUCAGCCAGCGGGCGUACAGAGCGGCAAAGAUCUUUCCAACGCCACACCAUCGGCCACCGCAGUCGCCGAGGCCUCCUCUGCCGACGCCAGCGCCGUCGGUAAGCCUCCAAAGGUUCGGUUUGAGCUGCGCGUGCGCACCCUCCUUCAGGAGUGGGUCUCGGACUACUCCAACGACUUCAUUCCGCAGUGGAUCAACGAGUUCAACAACUGCGAUCGGACAUUUGCCUCGGAUCGGGACCUGUGCGUGGCCGUUGCGGUGCAGGUGAUCACCGAGGCGUGCAUCACCACCCGCAAGGAGGCCCAACGGGAGGCCUGCAGUUUUUUGAUCGUCGGGCUGUACCUCAUAGACGAGGAGAUGCUUCAGGGCUUUACCGGCGCCCUGGCCUCGGCCAUCGAAGAUGGCAUCCUCGAGGACGUGCCUAAGUUUUCUGAGCGCUUUAUGCAUUUGCUGCGGCUAACCUCCUCGGAGGAAGAGGUCAUCGCGGAUGUUUACUACGACGCAGCGAAUGUUCUUUGCAUGGCGUUCAAUCAGCUGAGCGAUACCGAUGAGACCAAAGUGGAUACCCUGCUCGACUUCUGGUCCAAAGUGCCGCAGCCAAAUCCGGCGGAGGAACCGGUGAACCUUGGGUUUAGGGUGAUCUAUUCUUUGUGUGAGCCCAAAGAUCCCAGGGAGGGUCUGGAUAAGCUGCUUGGCGCCAUUAUCUUUUCAUUGUUUAGGAUGGAGAUCGUGGACGCGGACACGAGUGAGGAGCUCCUCAAUACAGAGGAGCCUGACAACGUAUUCUACAACAAGUUUACACAGGAAUAUCGUCGUCUGGUUAUGGAGAGUGGGUUCUGA